AUGGCGGCGGUGGCGAUGGACAUCGCGAAGCCCUCGGCGCUGCCGGCGAGCGUUGACGACCCGUCGGCGGCGUCGGCCAAGGGCAGGGCCGGCGGCGGGGAGGGCCUGCGCCAGUACUACCUGCAGCACAUCCACGACCUGCAGCUCCAGAUCCGGACCAAGACGCACAACCUCAACCGCCUCGAGGCCCAGCGCAACGACCUCAACUCUCGAGUUAGAAUGCUCCGGGAAGAGUUGCAGCUGCUUCAAGAACCGGGCUCAUAUGUUGGCGAGGUUGUGAAGGUCAUGGGCAAGUCAAAGGUUCUAGUGAAGGUUCAUCCAGAAGGCAAAUAUGUUGUAGAUCUUGAUAAAAGUAUUGAUAUUACAAAGAUAACCCCUUCAACAAGAGUUGCUCUUCGGAACGACAGCUACAUGCUUCACCUUAUCCUGCCCAGCAAAGUCGAUCCACUGGUUAAUCUUAUGAAGGUGGAGAAGGUUCCUGACUCUACCUAUGAUAUGAUUGGUGGUCUUGAUCAGCAAAUUAAAGAGAUCAAGGAGGUGAUUGAGCUUCCCAUCAAGCAUCCUGAGCUGUUUGAGAGUCUCGGAAUUGCCCAACCAAAGGUUCAAGGUGUCCUUCUUUACGGGCCUCCAGGUACAGGGAAAACAUUACUUGCUCGUGCAGUUGCUCAUCACACCGACUGCACCUUCAUCAGGGUGUCAGGUUCUGAGUUGGUUCAGAAGUAUAUUGGAGAGGGUUCCCGGAUGGUUCGUGAACUCUUUGUGAUGGCUAGGGAGCAUGCACCAUCCAUUAUAUUUAUGGAUGAAAUAGACUCUAUUGGAUCUGCUAGAAUGGAGUCGGGAUCUGGCAAUGGUGAUAGCGAGGUUCAGCGUACUAUGCUUGAGCUUCUGAACCAACUUGAUGGUUUUGAAGCAUCGAACAAAAUUAAGGUUCUUAUGGCAACAAAUAGGAUAGACAUAUUGGAUCAAGCUCUUCUAAGGCCUGGUCGUAUUGAUAGGAAGAUUGAAUUUCCAAAUCCUAAUGCAGAUUCCCGUGGUGAUAUUUUGAAGAUUCACUCAAGGAAAAUGAACUUGAUGCGUGGCAUUGAUCUGAAAAAGAUUGCCGAGAAGAUGAACGGGGCAUCAGGAGCAGAGCUAAAGGCGGUCUGCACAGAAGCUGGAAUGUUUGCCCUCCGCGAGAGAAGGGUGCACGUCACCCAGGAGGAUUUCGAGAUGGCCGUGGCAAAGGUGAUGAAGAAGGAUACCGAGAAGAACAUGUCGCUGCGGAAGCUAUGGAAGUGA